AUGACAACUGAAGAAAAUGAAUGCGAUGGCUUGGAAAGAAUCAUCGAUAGUCAGAAUUCAUAUAUGUGGAACGGGCAACAAGGCAGCUACAUCGUUGUGAUUGUCUAUGCGAUCGUUUGCACUUUUGGAGCGAUUGCGAAUUUCGUUGUGCUGAUGGCUUUCUGCAAGAAUGCAAGCUUGAGAACGAUGAGGAAUCGUUUCAUCGUCAACUUGGCCUUCUCGGAUCUUCUCCUUUGUAUGAUCACAGCACCGGCUUUCCUUUACCUCACCGCAAACAUGUUUUGGCCUUUUGGGGAUUUGUUGUGUAAAACGGUGGCCGCUGUGCAAGCAGUGAAUACUUUCGUCUCUUCUCUUACCCUCGCCGUCAUCGCUUUGGAUAGAGCACUGCUCACGAUUUGCCCAGUUCAAUGGAGAUUAGCCUCAACAGCGCCGUUGAUUUUCUUUUCCCUUGUGUGGAUCGUCUCUGCUCUGAUCGCUAUCCCUUAUGGUUUUGCCGUUUCAGCCGUUCCCCCUCAAUUCCCACCAUGGAACGGUCAAGAAAGCAGAGAUAAGUUAGUUUCGUGUGAAAUUGGUAUGCCGAGAAUCUGUCAAGAAGACGAAGCAACGUGGAAUUUGAUGCCCGUCGGUCGUCUUUCAUACACAACAAUUGUUUUCGCAAUUCAAUACCUUUUACCACUCUCUGCUUUACUCUACGCAUAUCAUCAAAUCGGGAACACGAUUAGAAAACGAAACCGAACAACAAAACCGUUAGAUGCAUCGAGGAGGAAUUUAUUGCAAACAAGAAAAAGAAGAGCUCUCUUGUUGUUGAUUGUCUUGGUUUUAACGUAUGCGAUCGCGUGGUUUCCAAUGAAUCUCUACAAUUUGUUGAGUGGACUCGAGAUCAUCACUUUCAAUCAAUAUCAAUAUGUCUUUUGUCAUUUAAUCGGGAUUUCCUCAACUUGUGUCAAUCCAAUCACAUACGCACUUGUGAAUGAAAACUUUCGAACGGCUCUUCAUCAAAUAUUCUCUUGGACUCCAUGUUGCACGACAACCAUCGACAAUAACACCCAAUUCACAACGCUUCAGGUCACACCCUACCCGAAGAGCACGAUUGAGCCUCCUCUGACACUGGACAGUCAAUUUGAA